CCCAAAUUGCCAUGGGGAAUCGGGAACCCAAACGAAUGACCCAACGUGCCAACGAGGAUUGCCAGCUCGCGCUUCAAACGCCCUGGGUUUCAGCCACUGUCGACUGUAUCGAUCAUCCGACUUCAAAUCUAGCUGCGAUGGCUUCAUAAACGAGGUUGCUCCCAUAUUGAAAGAUUGUAGCAAAACCUCAUGCAUAUAGAUUCAAUAUCCAAACAGUAUGAUUAGUCUUCUCUCAACCGCAGCGUUUGCCCUCGCGGCGACAUUGGUCGUCCCCGUGUCAUCUCAAGAUCAGAAACCCAUAUCGGAAUACGUAUGCACACACCCGCCAUACAAGGUCCACAUGAUAUCUAAAUCCCCCCUUGUGAUUUAUAUCGCCGACUUCAUCACGGCGGCAGAGCGGUCACAUCUGCUGGGAAUGGCGAGCGAUACGUUUACCCACUCUGGAGUUAUUGAUGCUUCUGGAGGCAAAACCACGCACAACGUACGCACUUCUCAGAGCACCAGCCUGUGGCGGGAUGAUGUCGUUCGCUGCAUCGAAGGGCGCGCAAUAGCGUUCCAGGGAUAUGGUAUGCCUAAGAGUCACGUGGAACCAUUGCAGCUGGUCAAGUAUGGAAAGGGUCAGCAAUACCAUUUUCACACGGAUUGGUUCACAGAUCCCGCGCAUACCAGAGCUCAUCUAGGCGGCAAUCGGCUUUCUUCUUUCUUUGGUUAUGUGUCGGCGGUUAACGUCACUGGAGGGGGAACCAACUUCCCGCUCUUAGACGCCCCUUCUGACGAACGAUGGUGCUCCUUCAUUGACUGCGACGAGCCUUGGGAGAGAGGUGUGACAUUCCGGCCGUUGGAUGGAAAUUUCGUGUACUGGGAAAACCUUCACGUCGAUGGUUCUGGAGAUCAACGUAAUUUGCAUGCUGGGUUGCCGGUCACAAGUGGACAAAAGGUUGGGAUGAACAUCUGGACAAGACAAGCACCGCUAAGCAAGGACAUUCGAGGAGAUUAUUAAGACUCUUGAAGCAUUAAAGAUUCAUUUACAGAGGGUAUUGGGGGCUUGUAAGAACGAGCAUGGGGCUAGGCACCCAUGAGCCAAAACACACUUUUCCGUCUCUUCUUCGGGGGAAGGCUUGCCACGCUAUCCACUUCGACCCGAUCGAAAGCUCUAAAAUC